AAUUCAUUUAUGUUAUAUUAAAAUUCAAUAAAAAAAUUGUAAAAAACGUAACAUUGAUAAAUGUCGUAUAGCAAUGGCAAAAAUUGCAAGGUGGAUAGCGAAAAACAUAAUUUCAAUGAACGAUAAUGCGGAUAACGCGAACCGGCAACGGGUACCGGCAUUGAAUACACGGCCCUGGAACUCGUGCUGUCAGAGCGCAACGGUGCGCCGGACGCUCGCUUGACUAAGGGAGUGCCCGUCCCGAUGCAAAGUGUAAGUGAAGUGGCCUACAGACCUACAUUUGUCUAACGUUCGAUUUUUUUCGAGUCGGCAGACAGGAGGUUAAUAAUCCGCGCGGGGCUUAUUUUUCCGCGGGCGUGUGUGAUGUCGCUGUUGUGUGAUAUACUGAUGUUUGGUUGAAAGAGACGGUGUAGUUUCGGUACGCUCAGACGGCGCUGGCCGGCGCGGGGAGCGUAGUAGUAAAAAGAGAGGAGGAUAGUAAGAGUGUGCGCACACAAAGAGGAAGAGAGAAGGACAGAGAGAGAAGACAUCAGGCAAGAAUAAAGGAAAGAGAGAGAAAGAAGAAAUAAGAGCGAGUGCGCGUUCUCCUGUUGGCUAGAUAGAGAGAAAAGAAGUGAGAUAGACAGAUAGAUAGACGGGGGUUAGAAAGAGAGCGAGGGCACGUAAGAGAGUGUAAGUGUUUCGAAAGAAGUGCGUGCGCUCGAGGACGACGUGCAGGAGGAGGGACCCCCGUCUGUCUGUCUGCUGGUAUGCACGAGGGCCGAAUGGCUACAGGGACAGGGGAAGGUGGGGGCCAUACGGCCCUCGAGAACACCACUGCGACGGCCCUUACGGAAUCAUCGUCAUCCUCUUCCUCCUCUUCCUCCUCUUCUUCCUCUUCUUCCUCCUCCUCCUCCUCAUCCUCGGUACCAACUAUCCUGACAGAAAACAACACGACGAUUAAUCUGCCUUUGGCUGAAUCUGAACAAGAAACCCUUCAUCAAGUACAGCAUCAGGCUCAACAACAGCAGCAACAAACACAUUCGCAAUCAUCGGUUAAUUUGGUCACCGAUCUGCAAACAAACGAUACAUCAGCCGUACGAGCGGACCGGAUGAGAGGCGGUAGGAAUAAAUUUGGACCUAUGUACAAGAGAGACCGAGCGCGGAAGCUACAAAUGAUGAGACAACGGCAGCUGGCACUGCAAACGAUACGCGGCAGUCUCGGUGACCCAUCGAACUAUCCCUCCGCCGUAACGCCUUUCCUGCAUAUUAAACAGGAAAUACAAAUACCUCAGGUCUCGAGUCUAACCUCUUCUCCAGAUUCGAGUCCAUCCCCCGCAGCUGUGGCCGCUGGUUUGGUCACGACACAAGCUGGUAGCGGAGCUGGUCAGCAUCAACUGAUCGCACCGUCUUCCCAGCCAAACAUUUCUGCUGGUAAUCACCUGCACAAUCUCAACCCUGGCCUGGAUAGUAAGCUUUGGGCUGCCAAUUCCACUACCCCGAGUCCGAAGACCUUCAACUUCGGCGAACAGUCCACACAAUCUCAUGGAGCCACUGGUUCCGCACCCUCUACCGCCACGUUGAAAACUAGUCCGAUGAUAAGAGACUUUGUGCAAACAGUCGACGAUCGCGAGUGGCAGGCAUCGCUUUUUGGAUUGUUACAAAAUCAAACGUACAAUCAGUGUGAAGUGGACUUGUUCGAAUUAAUGUGCAAAGUGCUCGAUCAGAAUUUGUUCUCUCAGGUGGACUGGGCAAGGAAUUCUGUAUUCUUCAAGGAUCUCAAGGUUGAUGACCAAAUGAAGUUGCUACAGCACUCCUGGUCGGAUAUGUUGGUGCUCGAUCAUCUUCAUCAAAGGUUACACAAUAAUCUACCUGAUGAGACUACGCUUCAUAAUGGUCAAAAGUUUGAUCUCCUUUGUCUCGGCCUACUCGGGGUUCCUUCCUUGGCAGAUCUUUUCAAUGAUUUAUCAUCCAAACUUCAAGAACUCAAAUUCGAUCUUUCGGACUAUAUAUGCAUGAAAUUCUUGAUGCUGCUCAAUCACGAAGUUCGUGGAUUAGUUAACAAGAAACAUGUACAAGAAGGUCACGAACAAGUUCAACAAGCUCUUUUGGAUUAUACAUUGACGUGUUAUCCUUCUAUACCGGAUAAAUUUAACAAGCUGCUAGCAGUAUUACCAGGAAUCCACGUGGUAGCGAGCAGGGGAGAAGAUCAUCUUUAUCAAAAACAUUGUAGCGGUGGAGCACCAACUCAAACUCUUCUCAUGGAAAUGCUUCAUGCUAAAAGAAAAUGAAACGAUAAAUUCACUUGGCACUUUUGCCAUGAAUUAAUCUAUUGCUAUAUCUCAAAAAUCAAGAUAGAGCUCCUUAUUGUCAAUGUGGACCUCAAGUACCUAUUAAGAGCUAAUAUACUGCUUAGGUGUUGGACCAAGUUAAGGAGCUCUGGUUCAAAAAAUACCUAUGCAAACGAAUCAAGUAUAGACGUACAUAAUUUACAUAUAUACAUAAUAUAUGUAUUAUAAAAUGUAUCUAAAUAUAUAAACAUAAUGACAUAUAUUUUCUAUAUUUGAUGUUGAAGUUUUAGAGAUGUAUCCAUGAAGAAUUAUUACCCCUGUUGGUGGGUACAAGCGCAGGGAAACAGUAAGCAAGAUGCCUUGAAAACAGUACAAAGGGUGGUUAACAAAAUAUUGGUUAAAGGGCAGGCAAUUUUUGUCGAAAUAAGUAAAGCUAUUUUUCUAAUACUAGAUGCGAUUAUUUUUAAGCACAUACCACUGAAGCCUUGCUCUCAUUUUAACAAAAAGAUAAUCCUAAUGGUAAUGAACGAAAGAAAUUAUCGACUCUUCAGUCAAUCGUGCUUCUGCAAGGGAUUCAAUGGGCAUACUUGAACGACAGUAAAAUUUCAUGUGAUAUACUUAUAUAUAAAACAUAUAUACAUACAUAUAUGUCGCACGGCCACCUGGGCAUCCUUAGAACUUCCUAUAAAAAAAA